GUCUCCUUUUGCUGCAGUGGCUGAUUACUCGGUGACCAGAAACAACGUGAUCCAGCUGUGUCUUGAGCUCACGACGAUCGUGCAGCAGGACUGCUCCGUGUAUGAAACUGAGAACAAGAUCCUGAAUGUGUGUAAAACUCUGUCCGAAGUGUGCGAGCAGAUUAUCUCUCUGUCCUCUGAUCCAUCCGUGUCGCAGUCUGCACAUCUGGAGGUCGUGACACUCGCCAACAUCAAAUCCACUGAAGGCUUGGGCAUGUACAUCAAAUCAACAUAUGAUGGUUUGCAUGUCAUCACGGGGACCACUGAGGGAUCCCUGGCUGAUCGCUGUAAGAAAAUCCACGCUGGAGAUGAGGUCAUUCAGGUCAACCAUCAGACGGUGGUGGGCUGGCAGCUUAAAAACCUGGUGAAUCUGUUGCGUGGGGACCCUGCAGGUGUCACCUUAACGCUGAAGAAGCGCCCACAGAGCACGCUCACAUCAACUCCUGCUCUGCUCAAAAACAUGAGAUGGAAACCAUUAGCUCUGCAGCCCGUCUUCCCUCAGAGCCCCAGCAGCAGCGUCGCUACGCCCACCAGCACUUUAAGCACACCAUCCAGGAGGAGUAGCUGCGCCCUGCAGGAUCUCUUCAUCCCGCCUCCUCCAGCAGAGCCUUACACCCCCAGAGAUGACAAGGGGGAUCUGCAGGAUGAGGAUCGCCAGACAGAUGUCCAGGCCGCAGAGGGAUCUGAGUCACCAAACUCCUACCUGGACCAGGAAUGUCGGCGGCGGUUUCCCUUGGUGGAGGAGGACUCUAUCCUCUACUGCUACGAGUACGACCAGAACCAGGAGGAGUCAUCAGUCCGCAGAGGGAGCACUCCCACUUAUGGCAGGCUCAGGCCCGUCUCGAUGCCAGUGGAAUACAACUGGGUGGGAGACAACGAGGACCUGACGAAGCUGACGAGGGAGAGCAGGAGAGAGAAUUCCCUGCUGCGUUUUGUGAGUGAAGACAAACCCCCCGGAGAGAACUUCCUCCUGAGCCGCAGUCUGAGUCAGAACAGGAGGAAGACGGAGCGAGGGAGCAGCCCCACCCACUACACGCUGGUCCCGGCCCUCCAGAUGGAAGUGGCCCUGUCCACAUCCAGCUCUGACUCCACGUCCCUGUAUCACGUGUUUGAGCGUUCCUCCCUGCUGACACGGUCUAAGAAGAAAAAAAAAGCUGGAAGUCCGAUGUCGUCGAUCAGCAAACGGCGGAUCUCCUGCAGGGACCUGGGACAGGGCGACUGUCAGGGCUGGCUGUGGAAGAAGAAAGAUGCUAAAACCUAUUUCUCGCAGAAGUGGAAGAAGUACUGGUUCAUCCUGAAAGACACGUGUCUGUACUGGUACAUGAAUGAAGAGGAUGAGAAGGCAGAGGGCUUUGUUAGCCUACCUGAAUUCAAGAUUGAUCGUGCCUCUGAAUGCAGAAGGAAAUACGCUUUCAAGGCUUGCCAUCCGAAGAUAAAGACCUUCUACUUUGCUGCGGAAAAUGUAGAUGACAUGUCCCGGUGGCUGAGUCGCCUCAGCAUGGCAGUUGCAGGCUACUCAGAGCAGGAACAAAUGCACCAGGAUCAAGAUUACUGGAGCGAGAGCGAUCAUGAGGACACAGAGGCGCCCCCAGUCCCCAAACGAGACAGUCCACCUCCGCCUUAUGACACGUAUCCCAGAGCGUCUUCAGUAAGUCCCUACUUGGAGCCGAAACGUGGCCACCUCUCCUCUUCUGACACGUUCCAGUCUCGUUCCUCGCAUGAGGAGUACCACUCGGAGCCUCAUGAAAGCAGCAGCAACAACAGCAUCUCGCCCGGGCCGAAGCCGAGCAGCCACCGGAACUCGUGGCACGACCAGAUGGAGAGCAACACCAGGAUGCACUACCUGCAGACGUUUCCCGUGGAAGAUCCCAUGCAGCCCGAGGACAGGGAGCAGCUGGAGAUGGAGUACCGCAGGCAGUCCACCCUGCCGGCACAGCGCAGCCUGCUGCAGGAGCAGUACAGAGCUCUGCCGCUGCCCCUCAGGGCCAGCAUCGACUCAGACGCAGGAGGGAAACCUCGCAGCUUCACGCUUCCCAGAGACAGCGGGCUUCACGCUAUCCUGGCUGCUACCGCUGCUGCAUCAGAUCAGAGAGAACCCCAGCACUACCACCUGGACCAGGCCAGAGGCACAGGUCACGGCCGGGACUGCAGGCUGCAGACAGACUCCCUGGUGGAUUUGUACCGAGCUCUGGAGCAGACCAGUCUUUCAACCUCUGCUGACCACAGAUCAGCCGGCCGCCUAGAGUACAAGCGCUCCUUUGUCCGCAGAGUUAAUGACCCGCUUCUAAACGACAAGCUUCACCGCCUGCGGGUCCUUCAGAGCUCACUGAAGAAUGUUCCUCUUCAAGGCACAAAUCGGUCGUUGGGGUUUUUAGGGUAGUCUGUUGAAGAUCACCUCCAAAGCAUCCUUUCUGCUUGUGCCUCACAUUGUCAACAUUCCCUCCUGUUGGAGACAAAAAGGCACCAAAAAGCAUYGUUUACUUGCUUAAUUUUCCAUUUCCUUUCCUUUUUAUGCUCCUAAUCAACGGCAGGAAAACUGAUGUCCCUUUGUUUCUAAMCCCUCUCUUAAAGGGGUAGUUCAGAUCUUUUGAAUUGGGGUUCAUUCAAAGGUUAUGCACAAUUACCUGUUUUUUUUUAAUCAACCUCAUUUUAUAGAAAUAGUUCUGAUUGKAUUUAAGAGCUACAGCUAGCUACUGUUGCUGUCACUCUUUGUGUUUGCUGACAACUAUGGAUUUCUAUGUAAAUAACAGGAUARUAAAGCUGACAACGGAGUAAAGGUUUAUAAAGUAGCCUUCAUGUGAAUCAAUAUAAAAUGUGUGAGAUUGAAGUUGUAAGGCAACAAUCAUCAACAUCGCUCUUGGCCUCGUUCAGACUAGCCAUUUGCUCAUCAACCUGGUCAGAAUUKAACUCUAUUUCUCCAAAUAGURUUGAUCUUGAGAAUUGUGKGGGAAUCGCCAAAGUCCCGGAUGUCAGACAAGCAACGCAGCAGACAGCAUGCUUGAUAGCUGAUUCCAGCACAUUUAUCCACGUAAACAAAAACAAUGAUAUUCUCUGGGCCUAAAAGACUGAUUGUAUUGACCAAUAUGUCAAUACAAUCAGAUAAGCAGCAUUGCCAGCCAUUUAUUUUAUUUUACUUUGUUAGCCGGUGUUAGCCGUUAGUGAUCUGUUCAUUUACUUUGUUUUUCACAAACUUUCUAUAAAAAUUGACAAGUUCUACAUUCUCUUAUAACCACAAUCAAUUUGUUUUGCUUAAAGAAACAGAAAUACAUUUUUUUCCCAAUGUUUUGCUUUAGAUACAAACCUGUUUUUACACUGCAGGUAGAGAAUGCCAGGAUGUUGAUGGUGGUUUUGGUAUCUUUAAUAAUUUUAAAAUAUAAUCCUGCCACUUAGCCUCAUAUUUUUUUUGCUUCUGCCUGUCGUAUUAGAGUAUUUUCAGCAUGCAUGCAGCUGAAAAUUUGAGAAAAAAAAACUUUAGUCAAAUCCUAAUUUUAGUUUCUUUUUCUCAGUUGUAAAAACACUUCACAGUUACCAGUUUUCUGCUGUUUUUUUAUUUUAUUUUUUUUGUCUGCACAAACCAGACUUUUAGAUAGGAUUAUGGAAGAAGAUAUUAACAUUUUAAGACACCCCCUCCAGACUUACGAAGUUUACAAAAUUUGCGUAGGUUAAAUAAAAUAGUUACAAAUUUUAUUUUAGGGUGCAGAGAUUGUGACAACAGCAGCUACUGAAGCUGUAACAUUGCUACCCAUCUCUAUCUUAGCACAAUUCAUUAUUUGUCUUCCUCUGGCUUCAUAAAACAAUUGUGCCCAUGCCGUUUACAAAGUUCACAAAAUUGUUGUAGGGGGAAAAACAGCUUACAAACAGAAAUAUUACUUUGUUAAAUUWUGGUGAACCUGAAGAUUGACACAGUGGCCUGAGGCAUUGCCAGGUUAGCUGAAAGCUGGCAUCAGAAAACCAAACUGGGUGUCCUUGCAGCACUCCAAUGCCCCUCUAGCUAAAUGUGUGGCACAAACCACGACUUCAGUGCUGUUUUGUUUUGUACUUGAAGUUCUGUUUGACUGACAUCAGGGUACUUGCUAGAGUCACUUAUUGAGAGCUGUUUUUAGUAACCCUGACCAGCGCUAUUGAAUUCAUUCAAGCAGUCAUCUACAGCAGGUAAGAUAGGAACCUUUCAUAACCCCACUUCAAAGAUUUGAACUUUUGUUUUAAGAGUGUGAUUAAAAACAAAAUCUUAAUAAACAAAGUUUCACAGAAUCAUUUUGGGGGUAAAAGCACUUUGUGUUAAUGUCAGAUUUAAAAAUCACAGCCAUCCAUUCUGUUAAUGUUUUCUACAGUAUGCUGGAGUUGUUUAUCUGCUCAUAUUAAGCAUUUUUGGUUGAACACAUUUUGUUCUGCACGUAUGUUUGCUUUAUGGGUGUGUGUGUUCUGAGAGUGCACAGGCUGUUCAACAUAUAUACAUACAGUUUGUUGUAUAAUAUUUAAUAUUCAUUCCUGCAGCAGUGAUUACAUGAUGUUUUUGGUACCUAUAUAAACUGUACAUCCAGUGCUGUGCCUCAGUGAUAGUGAAUGUACAUCGUACCUUUUUUCAGACCGGCGAGAGCAGAAUUAGGGAAGCAAGGUAUUCCUCAAAGCAGGGAAGCAACAAUAUAAUGCUUGGCAAUAAUGAAUUAAUGCUGUAAAUAACAAAGGAAUGAUAAGAAUAGUUGUCUAUUUUUGUAUGCAUGCUGUCUCCCUGAUUGUUUGCAGAAACCGUUUUGUAUUUCAAAGUGCAUUUGUUUCAGAGAAUACUGGUGUUUUAUCUCUCCCACCCCCGUUCACCCACAAAAACAUGCGCACACGACCAGCACGGUGUAUUUUCAGUAUUAACACUGRCCCAGAAAAUGUGACUUCCCUUUUUUUUAAGUGUUCACCAUAAAAGAGAAAUAACCAUAUUUAUUAAGUGUUUAACAGAGAAGCAUGCUUUGUGAGACUAAAUAAAACAUUACCAUGUCAUUUGAAAUUGACUCAUGUUGCACACCUGCACCAUAGUGUAGCUGAAUAAAGUUUUUUUUAAAUAAAGUAUGGUAUGGGCAUAAACAAGA